AUUAUGUGUGAUUUUAGAGGAUUAAAAUACACAGAGCAGUACGUAUCUUGUUCGCAAAGUCGCAAAAAGAUCAAAUAUUAAGCAAAACAGAGUGGAACCUUUACACGGAUCGGACAUUGAAAGAACGUCAAUUGCCCAUAAUAUUCCCCUCUUUCUGAGCAAUUGCCGUUAGAUCCAAAUCCAUUCGCCGGCGAUCCCGAUGUGGUCCACCGUCCAUUCCUCCUCCGGCCUCACUUUCGUCACAGUGUUCAUCGCUUCGUUCCUCCUCAUUUCAUCGCCGGUGUUCGCUUCCGACUAUGAUCACAAGUAUCAACCAGAUGACACUGUUGACCUUUGGGUGAAUAAAGUUGGGCCUUAUAAUAAUCCACAAGAGACUUAUAAUUAUUACAGCCUUCCUUUUUGUCGUCCACCUGGUCAUGCUGGGCACAAAUGGGGUGGUUUGGGUGAAGUAUUGGGUGGAAAUGAACUGAUUGAUAGUCAAAUUGAUGUCAAGUUUCAAAAGAAUGUGGAAAAGACUACUAUUUGUGAGCUUGAACUUGAUGAACCAAAGGUCUUGCAGUUUACACAUGCCAUUGAGCAUAAUUAUUGGUUUGAAUUUUUCAUGGAUGAUCUACCACUGUGGGGUUUUGUUGGGGAGCUACAUUCUGAUAGGAAUAAUGACAACAAGUAUAUGCUUUUCACACAUAAAAACAUUACAAUAAGAUACAACAAAGAUCAGAUCAUUCAUGUUAAUCUGACUCAAGAAAAUCCAAAAGCCUUAGAAGUUGGUAGAAAAUUAGACAUGACAUAUUCAGUCAAAUGGAGUGAAACUAACAUCACAUUUGGUCGCCGUUUUGAUGUUUACCUAGAUUACCAUUUUUUUGAGCAUCAGAUUCAUUGGUUCUCCAUAUUCAAUUCAUUUAUGAUGGUUAUUUUCCUUACUGGAUUGGUUUCAAUGAUACUGAUGCGUACCCUUAGAAACGACUAUGCCAAAUAUGCACGCGAAGAUGAUGAUCUUGAAACUCUGGAAAGAGAUGUAAGUGAAGAAUCUGGUUGGAAACUUGUUCAUGGGGAUGUUUUUCGCCCACCUCGCAGUUUGGUGUUGCUGUCAGCUGUUGUGGGGACAGGUGCCCAAUUCGCACUAUUGAUCCUUCUUGUCAUCUUGCUUGCAAUUAUUGGCAUGUUGUAUGUCGGGAGAGGAGCAAUUGUGACUACAUUUAUAGUUUGUUAUGCUCUCACCUCUUUUGUUUCCGGCUACGUGAGUGGUGGCAUGUAUUCACGCAAUGGUGGGAAGAAUUGGAUAAAGUCGAUGAUUUUGACAGCUUCGCUAUUUCCAUUUCUAUGCUUCGGGAUUGGUUUCGUUUUAAACACGAUUGCAAUAUUUUACGGGUCCUUAGCUGCAAUUCCAUUUGGAACAAUGGUGGUCGUUUUCGUCAUUUGGGCAUUUAUCUCUUUCCCUCUUGCCCUUCUUGGAACGGUUGUUGGAAGGAACUGGAGUGGGGCCCCCAAUAACCCGUGUCGCGUCAAAACAAUCCCUCGCCCAAUUCCCGAAAAGAAAUGGUACCUCACGCCUUCUGUUGUCUCAAUCAUGGGAGGACUUCUUCCUUUUGGAUCUAUUUUCAUUGAGAUGUAUUUCGUCUUCACAUCCUUCUGGAAUUACAAGGUGUACUAUGUGUACGGGUUUAUGCUGCUGGUUUUUAUAAUUCUUAUUAUUGUUACGGUUUGUGUUACAAUUGUGGGGACGUAUUUCUUGCUGAAUGCUGAGAAUUACUACUGGCAAUGGACUUCGUUUUUCUCAGCAGCUUCUACAGCUAUUUACGUGUAUUUAUAUUCAAUAUAUUAUUAUUAUGUCAAGACCAAAAUGUCAGGCUUCUUCCAAACCAGCUUCUACUUUGGAUAUACAGCCAUGUUUUGCCUCGGCUUAGGAAUUCUCUGUGGAGCGGUUGGGCAUCUGGGGUCUAACUUGUUUGUUAGAAGGAUCUACCGAAACAUCAAAUGCGACUAAAAGUCUUGUUUUGUAUGAAGAAGAAAAGGACAGGUGGCAAUUUGUUGCCGAUUUGCCAUACCAAGUGGAAAACCCGUGGCUUGGAUCAUGUAUUGAAUGUUGAUUGAGGAGAGGGUAAAACAGGUAAUUCACAAGGUU